UUUUGAAUCGUGAACAAACUGUGCUCUGUGAAGUGUGAAAGCAGCAGGCGUCGCCUCGCAGCUCGUCUCUCUGACAGGUUUCGGUGGGUUUUUUGACCCUAAGCUUUACACGAGGAACGCAACAGAAUCUGGAAUUUAACGAUGAGAAAGAGCGAGGUGCUCGCAGCGGAGUCUGUGUCGUGCCUGAAUAAAGCGCUGUGCCAUUUGAAGGACAUUUGGGAGGAGAUCGGUAUCCCGGAGGAGCAGCGACUCCAGAGAACCAAUGUCGUCAAAAACCACAUCAAGAACUUACUUGAAAUGAUGGUCAAGGAGGAGGAGUCUCUGAAGAAGAGGAUCGUAAGCAGCAUUCAGAUAUGCAGGACAGAAAUGGAAAAACUCUGCCUGGAACUUCAACUUCCUGUGUUUCAGGAAGAGGAAGGUAUCAGCAUGCUCCAGCAAGAGAAGAACAUCCGCACUCAGGUGGAGGCACUGGCGAAGGAGAGGGCUCGUAGGAUGCAGCAGCUGAAGGAUCUGCUGGAGCAGGACCAGGACCUGUGCGACAUCCUGUGCUCUAUGCCGUAUGGCAUUGCUCCAGACUCUGUGCCCUCUCCGGAACAACUGGAGAACUUCCACCAGCACAUUAACAACCAGAGCACAGAGAAGGCAAAGCGGUACGCUGAGUUCAUGGACCUCAAAAAGCAGAUCACCUUGCACAUGGAAGAGCUGGACCACAUUCCUGAGACAAGUUUUGAGAAAGAUGUGGUCUGUGAAGAUGAGGACUCUUUCUGUCUUUCCAGGGACAAUAUAACAGCACUAAAAUUGCUCCUUUGUCAGCUGGACGAACGCAAGGUAGAGAAUCAGGCAAAGUGUGAGACUCACAGAGAGAAGAUCCAGCAGCUGUGGGACCGUCUGCAGGUUCCCCAGGAGGAGAGGAGUGUCUUCAAUGAACACAUGGUCAUGUCCAAGAAGAGGAACCUGGAGGCAUUACAAGCAGAAGUUCAGCGUCUUGAAGAGCUCAAACUGCUAAACAUCCGUAAUGUCACAGACGCCAUCCGCUCCGAGAUUGCUGUGUUUUGGGAGAAGUGCUUCUUCAGCAUUGACCAGCGUCAGGCAUUUGCACCGUAUUUUAGUGAGGAUUUUACUGAAGAGCUGUUGGUUCAGCAUGAUGCUGAGAUCCAGCGUUUGAAGCAGCAUUAUGAGGACCACAAAGAGCUUUUUGAUGGGGUUCAACAAUGGGAAGAAAGCUGGAAACUCUUCCAAGAGCUAGAGAAAAAAGCCACUGAUCCAACAAGAUUCACAAACAGGGGAGGGAAUCUUCUGAAAGAGGAGAAACAGAGGUCUGAUUUGCAUAAAAACCUGCCCAAGCUUGAAAAGAAAUUAAAGGCUCAGAUUGAUGCGUGGGAAAGUGAACAAAGUCGGGAGUUUCUAGUAAAUGGCCAGAAGUUUCUGCAGUAUGUGGAGGAACAGUGGGAGCUGCACCGGAUAGAGAAAGAAAAGGAGAAGCAAGAAAGGCAUCUCAAGAAGAGCAAACAGACGGAGGAGGAUAUGCUGUACGGAACAGCAGUACGGACCCCAACAAAACGUAGAUUCCUGGGCACGACCACACCGAAUAAAUCAAGAAAGCUGUUUAAUUCGACUUCCAGCAUGUCUAGUGCCACCUCUAACAGCACCAUGCGCUCUGUCUAUGGUGGGACUAUCUGUCGUUCACCUGUCCCCCGCCCACCUCUCUCGGCAAACAAGUGUCCAGCUCCGCGGACACCAGGAUCUGGUAAACCCCCCCACCCACGACUACAGGGCUGUAACAAGGAGAAUGAGGCCCAGUUGAAGGGAACCCCAGUGAGUGGUGCAUUGCUGACUCCCGCUAGUCCACAGCGUAACUUCAGCAUGGCCUCUGUUGCUAGCACAUAUUCAGAAUUUGUGAGGGACUUGGUCAACACUGAGUCUGUUCAGUCAAGCGAGACCUGUCCAAGGCCUCUAACACCAAGAUCCAGCACGGCAUCAUGAAUUCUACGACUACCAACCAUUGACCUCUGCACCCUGAGGGUGACUGAUUGCAACAGCUUAAGUAUCAUAGUCCUUCCAAUGAAUGAAUUGUGAUCUGUUAAAAUGGCUCACCACCCUACACUGCUAUCGACUUUAAUCUGUAUAUGAAGGUAAUAAUAAGUAUUAAGUCAUUGAUGAACAAGGGACAAGGAAUUAGUUGUCAACCACUGAAUCUUUGUCAAGUCUGUCACUGUCUCCACAUGGAAUAAUCUGUGUAAAUGUUAAACUAACACUAACUUGGCUCUAAUUCUUCUUUUUCGAUGUAACUCUCUUUGUAUCUUGUGCUGCACAUUUUUAAAAUGUAAAAGAAACAUGAGUGUUUAGCUUUCAAAAGUUAUGCAAUCUGGGGUUACAGGCUUAAUGUAUUACGAGUACCUUGCACUUUUUUAUAAAAAGAAAUAGAAAAUAUAUUGCAGCUUAUCUUGUAAUUUUACACUCACAUUGUUCCUUCCACUUUUUUAUAUAUAUGUAUGUGUGUAUAUAUUUCAUGUUGUUAUGCCUCUUUAUGUAAACUCAACUGACAAUGAAAUAUAUAAAGAUGUGCGAUACUCCUUCACUUCCUCCCUUUGUAAAGUAAAAAGAAAAAUGUCCAA